AUGGGGACGGUGCCGACUGGGGUGGAGGAAGCGGCACGAGAGGAGAUUUCGGCCAAGCUGCGCCCCGCGGCUGUGCACUCCACCAUGGGCAAGGUGUUCAUGGAGACGGCGGCACCGCUUGAAGAGGUGACCGCGCUACGUGCUGUAGACCGCCUGUUCCUGCUGGCGCUACACCAUCCAUCGCCCAACUAUCCUGCAGAGGACUCGUUGGUGGCGGCGUUCAAGGCGUGGGUGGUGAGCGAGACCAUCGACUGGCCUGCGAUCCUCGAUGUCUGGCAGAAGGCCUACCACGCUCAUUUGCGACCACCCGAGGUGGCACCCGCAAGCGGCUUUGGAUACUACCCGGACACGCCCUGCCGCAGGUGGGACUCGAGGUACGCGUACGCCAAUUCGGGCAUCAGCUUCGCCGUUUCGUGUACGAGGACGGGCCUGCGCACCAAGAGCCUCACCUCCAAGCAGAUCGCCCAACACGCAGCUGACGUGGCGGCGGAAUGUGAGCUAUGGCGCGCAGAGUUUGGGUGGAAGGUGGACCUGGAGCAGCCGGCGCUCUCCAUCGCUAUCUACGCCACCGAUGACCACUUCAUUGUUGGCAUUCCACUGCUCGAGAGCCAAGUGGCCAAGCGAGAGCACAUUCGGGGCAAGGGACUGCGAUGCUCCAUCGCCUAUGCCAUGUGUCGAGCAGCGGGGGUGGCGAAUGGGAGCGUGAUUCUCGAUCCCAUGUGCGGCCGGGGGACCACUUUGCUCGAGGGAGCCGUUGACUGGCCCGACGCGCACUACAUCGGCGGAGACCUCGACGACACAACGCUCGAAUAUGCCCGCAUCAACGCCGAACGACUGCGGGAGUCGUCGCUGCCCGGCCUCUCGCUUUCGCUGUUCAAGUGGGACGCCACGCGGCUGCCGCUGCGCGAUCGGAGCGUCGACGUGGUGGUAUCGGACGUGCCCUACGGCAAGCGCCACGGGUCGAAGGAAGACAACCGACGCCUCUACCCCCACCUGCUCGAGGAGUUCGCCCGCGUGUUGCGACCAGGCGGAAGGGUCGUGUUGCUCACCACUCUCACCCGCAUCAUGGAAGGCGCCUUUGCCACGCACAAGUGGACGACACUGCCGCGUCGCGCGCUGAUCAACAACGGCGGGCUCAACACCUACCUGUUCGUCGCCACCCGGAAAGAGGACCCGCGCGACGGAGGCGACGACGAUGGCCUGAGCAAUCGCGAGCGCAAGCGAAGGCGCGCCCGGGCCUGGCACGCCGCGCAGGCCCUCGAGGCCGCCACCGCCACCGCCACCGCCGCCGAGCCCUCAUCGGGCUAA